UUCCGGCAGUGCAGAAGUGGCGUCAUCAGCGAGCGUCCUGUCGGCAGCCGUCGUGAAGAGACGCAAUGCUGAGCCGGCUUCAGGAGCUGCGCAAGGAGGAGGAGACGCUUCUCCGCUUGAAGGCGGCUCUGCAUGACCAGCUGAACCGGCUUAAGGUUGAAGAACUGGCCCUCCAAUCAAUGAUUAAUUCUAGAAGAGGUGAUGAGAUGGUGUCUUCUCAACCUGCACCUCAGGAGUCACAUGAUAUGUUGGUGCAUGUAGACAAUGAAGCAUCAAUCAACCAAACUGCACUGGAGUUGAGCACAAGGAGCCAUGUGCCAGAAGAGGAGGAGGAGGAGGAGGAAGAGUCGGAUUCCUGAAGGGGAGAAGAGCCAGGGUGAAAUGCACGUCUGAACAGAGACAGGCAUGGGAAAGAGGCCCAGAAGCAACAUGACAUGCCACUGGGCAGGGGACUCUGCCACUUCCCAAAUGCUUAGACACCAGCCGCAUGGGUGGGUGUGCUGGGCUGGUUAAGGCCGAUGGUGGAGCAGAGCCAACCUGCAAAAUCUACUUCCUCAGCAUCAGAUCUUUUGAUGAAAGCAUGAACCUGUAUGUGAGAAAAUGCAGAGAAACUGUGUUAAAAAGAACCAAGAAGGAAAAUCCAAGAGUCUGGAGGUUGUGCUGCACUUGGAAGGAGCUCCAGGAGCCUGCCCUUGGGCAGCUGCAGGCCUAAAGCCCCUGCUCUGCUAGGCUCUGCUAGUUCCACCCCCUCCCUGAGCCCACUCCCGCUGUGAAAUGGGGACAGUAGCUCCGCCUACAUGCCUCACAGGGCUGCUGAAGGUACAAAGGAACUGAUAGACUUGAAAGCACAUGUUACACUGACCAGGCUCUACAUGGCAUGUGAGUCCAGUUACAGCUUUACUUCCCUCUCCUCCCCCUGCCACUGCCACCAAGUAGAAGACAAGCAGAGAAUUACUUGGGGAGGAUGCUGAAUAUAAGGUAAGCCAAUCAGUACUAGAAAAAGGCCCUGUCCCCUUGCAGGGAUGGGCUGGCCCUUCUUUGCCUGGACUCCACCAGCUGCCGGGUCACCCCCAGCUUUUCCAGUAAACUGCUGUGAGGACAGAGGAGACAUGUUUGGUGUCCUGCAGCCCCCAGGUCAGCUGGACCACAGUGGUCAAGGCAGAGCAAGGUAUGGAUGGGCUCGGGAAAUGAUGGAUCAUAGGAAAACAGAUGACUGUGCAGCCGAUAGUGUAAGAAUCUGAAAUAAAUGGACUUACCAUGAGUUGCUUCAAA